AUGGAGGGCUCCACCGGCUUUGGGAUCGACUCCAUCCUCUCCCACCGAGCCGGCAGCCCGGCCGUGCCCAAGGGGGAGCCGGUGGUGGGGGACGGCCGGUCCCCGCUGGAGCUGAGCCCCCGCUCGGAGGGCAGCAGCGGGUGCCCCUCGCCCCGCUCACCGGGCCGCGAGUGCCUGGAGGCGGCGGUGCCGCGGCCGGGCCUGGAUGCGCAUCUCCAGCCGGGGCAGGUCUCGGCUCCCUCGCAGUCCCGGACCGUCACCUCCUCCUUCCUCAUCAGAGACAUCCUGGCCGACUGCAAGCCCCUGGCCGCCUGCGCGCCUUACUCCAGCACAAAUGGACCUCACGGCGGGCAGGAGCCGGCGUGCAGGAUCCCCACCAAGCCCGGCGAGGAUUUUAGGGAGAAAAUGGAAAAAAACACCAGCAGCUCCUCCUCGGACUCGGAGUACAAAGUGAAAGAAGAAGGGGACCGAGAGAUCUCCAGUUCCCGGGACAGUCCACCGGUGCGGCUGAAAAAGCCUCGCAAAGCCCGCACCGCCUUCACCGACCAUCAGCUGGCCCAGCUGGAGCGCAGCUUCGAGAGGCAAAAAUACCUGAGCGUGCAGGACAGGAUGGAACUGGCCGCCUCCCUCAACCUCACCGACACGCAGGUGAAAACGUGGUACCAGAACAGAAGGACCAAGUGGAAAAGGCAGACGGCGGUGGGCCUAGAGCUGCUGGCUGAGGCUGGCAACUAUUCAGCCCUCCAGAGGAUGUUCCCCUCGCCCUACUUCUACCCGCAGAGUUUGGUUUCCAACCUGGACCCCGGCGCCGCCCUCUACCUGUACCGCGGACCCAGCGCGCCGCCCCCCGCCCUCCAGAGACCCUUGGUGCCCCGCAUCCUCAUCCACGGACUGCAGGGCGGCAGCGAGCCCCCGCCGCCCCUGCCCCCGCUGCCCGGCGUCCUGCCCCGGGCUGCGCAGCCCCGGUGA